AUGACAGACAAUAGAUCAAGUGUAAUAAAUAAACAGAACCCAGAUGUAAUAACGCAAGACAUCACCUGGAAAAUGAUUGAAUCAGCGCAAAUUAAAAUAAUGAGAGAGGCAUUUAAUCAACGUUAUAAAAAAGAUAGUCAGAUUAUUAGAGAUUACGCUACGUAUAUAAAAAAUUUACGAAAUGCUGAAAAUAAAGAUAAAUAUAUAAAAUAUACUGCAAUAACACUUUUUCCAAAUGAGGAGGCAUAUAAUAGAAGAAUGGCAAGAUAUAGAAAAUG